AUGGCAGAUCAAACUAACUCACAUACUACUUUGGACUUACUGGCCGAGUAUAAUGAUCAUACGAACCAGAGAGAUAAGGCCAUAGAGCAUAUUGAGAGAAGAACAGUAAGUGAGGACAACAGACCGUCUUAUGACGAUCUUUUUAAAGAGAACGUUAAGCUAAAGCUACAGAUUCAAGAGCAAGCUACUGAAAUAGAGAGCUUGAUUAAGGUUUUAGAAGGUAUAAGAGGCUCUAAGACAACUUCAGAAGAAGUUCUCCUUGUGAAAAAGGCACAGAAUCCGGAAUCGACCGUUCCUGCAGAGGUCGUUUUACCACCAAGGUCAGCAGAUAGAAAGAGAAAUGCCAAAAACCUAAGGAUUCCGAUCCCUGAACAUAACGAAUCUGUCGAAUCAUCUUCCUCAAGCGUGCCCCAUAUUGAUGUAACCUCAAGUAUGCCAAGUGAUGGUGACCCUGCGGAGGCAGAGAGCUCGGAGGCAAGCGAGAAAGGUUCGAGAAUUGAAUUAGUAACUUCACCAGAUAAUUCGAUGUCAAACGGGAGUCUCGCUACACCUCAGUUAGAUGCUAGUCCUGCAACCUCCGUUCAGUACACGACAUCAAGAAUUUCAAUUACCUCACCACAUAGCCCUCGCCGGACCGCAGUUCAAACUCGCAUACGUUCACCUCAAAGUGUCAAUCGAGUUGCAGCAAUCAUUAAUAAUCAGGUGCAUUCUCCCUUGAGGGCGGAUUCCGGCUUGAGCAUCAAGCUCUCUGAGCAAUUUGAACGCUCCAACAGCCCUUCAUCGUCCUUAGUCCUACGGCAGGAACAGUCUAAGGAAAGUCCGGCAUCAAGAACUGCCGCGUUGAAACUCGACGACAAGCAAACUGAAUUUUCACCUGGCUCCAAGCGUAAUCUAAACAGCUUUGCAGAGUUUCUAAAUGACACCUUUGGCGAGGAUGAUGGGUCCCCAACGAAGAACAUCUCAAAGACAAUAAAGCCUCCUCCUCCACCUUCAUUCAGUUCGUUACCGGGAGGUAAAGAUUCUCCAACAUCUCUGAAGCUUGGAUCGCCUGUGAUUCUGAAUAGGAGAGAUAAUGCGACUGAAACUGAUACUAAUGUAGCGAACGGUUCACUACGCUCUCCGCUAAUCAAGAAUGACACAUCAGAUCAUUCAAUGGAUACAGCGGGUCACAGGAUAGCAUCAUCUGAGAGCCUUUUGGUGAAGUCGGCAGGAACGACAAUCACUUCUAAUUUACAGGUUGGAACGAUCUCAGAUAUUAAUAGACGACAUAAAAGAAGUGUGAGCUCUACCAAAUCACCCGCGCAGUCACUCAGGUCUGAUAUACCGCUUUUUGUGCAACCUGAUGAAUUUGCAAGUGUCAGAAUUGAAAUUUUGAGCACUCUGUAUCUCGAGGCAGAAUCUGCAACCAGGCAGCAGCAGUUGCUAUUCAGCGUUAUCGAUCAGAAUUCUGAUAAGGAGAUCUUCAAGUUUUCGAAGUCCAUUCAUCAGCUCUACGAACUUGAUGGCUUCCUGAGACCUAAGCUCUCGUCUUUUGUCAUUCCAGCUCUUCCAGAUAGAAGUGCAUUUGACAGCCUUGUUCCUACCAAAGUUGAUAACAGACGUGAGAUGGUAAGCACUUAUUUUCACACACUCUUUAACAUUUCAGAUUUUCCUCUAGGUGUUGAUCUUCGAAUCGCACAAUUUAUGAGUACAGACACAGUAAUGAACCCACUGAUGUUAGGUGAUACAGUUAGAGAAGGGUCACUUUUAAUGAGAAGGGCAAAGGCCUUGAGUAAUGGGCCCAACUGGAGAGCGCGCUACGGGGUACUUGGUGGUGAAGUUUUACAGCUAUAUGAUAAGGGACAGUCGGCAGAGCGAAUCAGAUUAAGACAGUCUUCGAUUGAGCUACUCCCCAAUCUUCCCGAAGACAAAUAUGGAACCAGAAAUGGUUUUGUAAUCAAUGAGCAUAAACAAAAAGGUCUUUCAAGCACCUCGAGAUAUUUUCUGUGUGCAGAAACGUCUAAGGAACGAGAAUUGUGGGUUUCCGCGAUCAGUGAGUAUAUUAUGAACCCUCUGAUCCCACCAUCUUCUAGCACAGGUAGCAUUAGUACUGGCGGAGACAGUGGACGGUCCUUUCCUAAGGCCGAGAGCUCAAAUGGAGUUGACCAUAUCUAUGUGACAGAUCUAACGAACGAGGCAAACCAGUCCAAUAUAAGUGGAAACUCUGCAGCUUCUCAACAGGAGAUAGAUGAAAGUGCAGACUAUGAUAGAGAAAACAGAAGAAUGAAAAUGAGGAGCUUCUUCCCUUUCAAAAAGUUAACCGCGAACGCUUUAAAUUUGGUAAAUGACGACAGUGAAACUGUUGAGUCAACUGAGUCGGAACCCAAAUUUUCUGACAUCUCGAUUGGGAGAUCUUUAGAGACAAUGAAUCUAAGCAGUAAUACAUCAAGCACGAACGUUGUCUUCGGAUCUUCUUUGGAAGACUGUUUACAGCUCAGCUCUCACGUUUACCAAGGAAAAUAUGAAAUUCCCAGCGUUGUAUACCGAUGUUUGGAAUUUCUUUACAAGAAUUAUGGUAUUCAGGAGGAGGGUAUAUUCAGGCUCAGUGGCUCUAGUGCACUGAUCAAGGCAUUACAAGAUCAAUUUGAUAGAGAAUACGAUAUUGAUUUAUGCAACUACAACAAGAACGUCAAAGAUGCGAGCGACUCAUCAAGCGGUGCUUACAUUGAUGUCAACACUGUCAGUGGUUUAUUGAAACUCUAUUUGCGGAGGCUCCCACAUCUGAUAUUCGGGGAAGAAAACUAUACGUCAUUCAAAGAUAUUGUGGACAGAAACAAUGCUAACCCUGAGAAAAUAGCUAUUGAUUCCAGGGAACUGAUACGCAGUGGUGCCAUCAAAGAGGCAAACUUAUCACUAAUGUAUGCUUUAUUUGAGCUGCUGGUAAGGAUACAAGAGAACAACGCUUGCAAUAAGAUGAAUUUAAGGAACUUGUGCAUUGUUUUUUCUCCAACUUUGAAUAUCCCGGUGACAAUUCUACAGCCUUUAAUUGUUGAUUUCAACUGUAUCUUCAAGAAUGAACCUCCGGUUAAAAAACUGACAGGGAGAGAAUAG